AUGUCCUAUUUCUUGACGGAAACCUUCAGACAAAAUGAUGAGAUGGAAGAAUCCGUCCAUUUGUAUGUAUCGUCGUCUAAAUCUCUGUCAGGAAUUGCUCCACCAUCACCCUCUGUUCCGGUGAUCUGUCGUCAAGAAUCUUUGCCUCCAAGUCGCGAAGAAUAUGAUGUUCCAAUUGUUGACCAAUUGGGAUUGCUUCAAAAAGGAGUUGCAAAGUUGGAUGAAGAUGAAUUUUCCUCAGCUCUCUCAACACUUCAAGAAGUGAGAGCCCCGACUAUAGAAGUUGCGAGUGCUCUGCUGGAACAAGUUACGGAUCCUAAACUUUUUUUCAUGGUUCUGGCCCUCGUUCCCCUUUUCAAAUGCUUCAAACCUUAUAGGAAUGCAAACCAAGGUUUGGAUGUCAUCUUCAACAAUUUUGAGGACUUCGGAAAAAUCGGGAUUCGCUACCAGCUUGAAGAGACGAAAUGUCCGGUGGCAAAACGUCCGGGGGCGAAAUCUCUCGGAGCCAAGAAUAUGGAGUUUGGAAUCAAGUUAGUAAGGAAAUUAUAG